UUUACCUCCAUCUCAUCCCAAGAGCCAUGGAGCGAUGGCGCAGCAGGGCAUUAGGGAAAUCUUUGCGCGGCAGCGGCAGUGGUGGCAGCGAUGGAGGUGGAUCUCACCGACAUGGACGUCUCGGACAACGAAGGCGAAGGGCCUGAAUCCAGCGGCGCGCUUGGGGUUGCAUCGUCAACGCUCAAGCCGGUAGUGGAGCUCGUCAUGGCGCCCGUGGAGGCGCUGGAAUCCGUGAAUUCGGCGUCCACGUCGGGGAAAUCCAAGGAUGGGACGCCGUCGCAGAAGGAGAUUCUUGUGGAGGUGAAGAGCCAGGAGAAUCGAGACGAUGAUUCUUCGCUGAGGCCGGUCGUGGUGGAUUUGCAGCAGAUGAAGCCCUUGCCGUAUCGAGGAGGAUUUUUGGACAAGAGAAAUGGCACCAAGUACCUCCAUGCUGGAAUGCAGACGGACAGAAAGCCAAAGCCCAAGAAGAACAUCCAAAUGUUUAGCCGAACCACUCAGAAGUGCUUGAUGAGGAACCAAAACUGGAACACUAUCCGGGAGACCUUCACUCAGAUGGAUCGCAGGGACCUUAUUCUGGACUGGAGCAGAGACUAUGCUCGUGUUCCGGGGAGAUACGUUGAUUCUGUUGAAUGGGAACAGAUUCGUCGUCGGGCUUCCAUCGUUAUUCAAAAGUACACUCGGAGGUGGAUCGCCCAACGAAACGCUGACAGGAUACGAGGGUUUGUCAAGUCCAGGCUUGAGUUUUUCGAAGACCAAGAGAAGACUCAGAAGGUCCAAGAAGAAGACGCUUUGCAGCGUGAAAUUGAGAGAAGAAUGUGUCCACGGACUAGUGCAGACUUUGCCAUCCUCUAUGAGGAGCUCGAGGCUUGGAGAGUCCAGGAAAUGGAGAAGCUUAAUGCAUGCAAUUAUGGCUACAAUGAACGGGUGAACGCACUCCGGGAGCUCUUAACUAAGGAAUUGAAGCUCUUGACUGCAAUUGAUAAGCUGAGAGCUACUGCCGCCAAGGCAAAUCGAAAGGAUCGGAUCAAAAGAACCAUGCUAAAGAUGUGUGCUCCCAAAGUCUGGGAACUCACUAAUGGCAAGACUGUGCAAGUUCGGACUCCUGCUACAGCUCGUGCGUCGGACUUGAUGCAUCUUUACACAGCUCUAGGAAAGGAGGUCACUAACAUCGACGAGAGAAUGGCUGUCCUUGGAUACGUCAAGUGGACUGUCCAAGAGUUUACGAAUCCUCUCACGAAGGAGAUUUUGCUACUGAUAGAGAGAGAGGCGGACCUUAUGUAUAGGAACCGGCCAGCGAAGUCGCUUGCUGGUCUCCGGCAUCGCAUUCUCGCACUCUUUCUUCACUUUAUCGAGACCCCCGAGUUUAGUCCAGAAGCAGCCGCACACCAGUACGUCCACAACGACUAUGAUUUCAAGCAGAAGCAAUCCAUGCUCCGGAGGGAUCAACCGUUAGAGGUGAGCCAAAAAGCCUCGUAGACACUGCCUUGAAGGAGCUGGAAGUUCUUCGUCUCCGGCCACGCGGUAGCUAUUUCUCUAUCAACUGGUUCAGGGUCUCCAUGACAAAGUCAGUAAAGGCACGCUGUUCUCGGGCUUCUCGAAGCACAGCCAGGGCGCUCAGCCGGGUGAAAAUCUCACGCUGGAACUCGAGCUCGAUCUGGGACAACGAGGGAUCUGGAAUGGCAGCGACGCCAGAAGGCCAGCAGCAGCGAUCAAGGCAUGUUGGUCGCCAAGAAAGUGGAAAAAGGGAAGAAGAGUACGUAGCGCCGCCAUUAGAUCUAUACGUUGGAUAAAUCUUACAAGUUAGUUGAUAAAGUACUUCAGCUGAAAAUCUUUACCAUAGAAAACAAGCAGAGAUGUCGAUUUCGGUUUGUAGCUCGCCAUUGCCGCCUCACUUCCUUGCAAACAAAACCAAAACUUAUAGAAA